UGGUCGACAGUGGUGUUCCUGCUCGACAAACCUAUUUGCCGCUCAUGGUUUGCCGCCCACUCCGUAUCCCCUAAGGAAGGAGAUGUCAUGACUCAUCAUGAAAGGUUUGUUGCCUCGUCAUGCCUAUCCAGUCUCUCUUUGACAGCUGGAUCCCUCUCAACCUUCACGUGUCGUCUCUCUAACCCUACCCAUCCCAACCCAACCACCGCACCGCCUUUCUCUCACGGCGGCCCCAAUUUUCGACUGUAAACUUACCCAAACCACCUUUUCAUCGCCUCGAUCUCCGUCAAUCUCUCACACAAUUUCGAAAUUUCCUCCACAAUUUUACUGGAUUUCAUCCGUACGUCUAGGAUUACACUCUUCCGGCUCCAAUUUCCGUUUUUAGCGCCACCAGAACAGGUGCUUCUUGGUUAAAUUUCUAAGAUAUAAAUAGCUCCUUAAGUUGCUGAGAAUUGUUGACUGCACGUUUAUAUUCCAACCUGUAGUUUCAUGGGGACCGGAGAAGAGAGCUCACCUGCCAAAAAUUCCAAAUCUACUUCAAACCAGGAAACACCUCCACCUUCAUAUCCUGAUUGGUCAAGCUCUAUGCAGGCUUAUUAUGGCUCUGGGGUUGCUCCACCUUUCUUUGCGUCAACUGUUGCUUCUCCAACUCCUCAUCCAUAUGCAUGGGGUGGUCAGCAUCCUAUGAUGGCACCUUAUGGGACUCCGGUUCCAUAUGCUGCUAUGUAUCCACCAGCAGGAGUUUAUGGUCAUCCCGGUAUGCCUAUGACUCCUGGCACUGUGCAGCCGACUACAGAAAUGGAAUCGAAGGCCCCCAAUGGGAAGGACAAGGUCAACAAAAAGUCAAAGGGGUCUUCUGGAAAUGUCAAUGCCAGCGGUGCUAAGACUGGAGAGAGUGGGAAGGCGGCUUCAAGUUCAGGGAAUGACGGUGGCACCCAAAGUGCUGAAAGUGGAAAUAAUGGUUCAUCUGAUGCAAGCGAUGAGGAUAACCAGCAGGAUUAUUCUGGAGGCAAAAAGGGAAGCUUCCAUCAGAUGCUUGCAGAUGCGAACGCACGAAACAACAAUUCUGGACCAAAUGUUCAGAUGCCAGUGCCUGGAAAUCCCGUAGUUUCUAUGCCUGCUACCAAUCUUAAUAUGGGGAUGGACCUGUGGAACCCAUCUGCUGGAUCCGGGUCUAUGAAAAUGCAACCGAAUCACUCUGGUGUCUCGCAACCAGGGGUUCCACCACCAAUAAUGGCUGAUCAGUGGGGUCAGGAUGAGAGAGAAUUGAAGAGGCAGAAAAGGAAGCAAUCCAAUAGAGAGUCAGCUAGAAGAUCAAGGCUGCGCAAGCAGGCUGAGUGUGAAGAGCUACAGGCAAGAGUAGAGACGCUAAACAACGAGAACCACUCACUCAGAGAUGAACUGCAGAGGCUUUCUGAGGAAUGUGGGAAGCUUACAGCUGAAAAUGAUUCAAUAAAGGAUGAAUUAACCAGGUUUUUUGGACCUGAAGCUGUUUCGAAACUCGAUGCACAUCUUCAAUCUCGAACGAACGAAGGUGAAAGUUGAUAUCAUGACAACAACUUACUUAUUAAGCUUAUACAAUUAGGUCAACAACCAUUUCCGAGUUAUCAAAAGGAAUCGACUUUAGGAUCUGAUUAAGGAAGUGCAGCACUCUUAUACACUCCAUAACCACGGUAAUUGUGACAUUGUAAGAUCUUUAAUAUAUAGAAUCUCGGGUCUUGAUACUUGUUGUUGUAGUAGUUAAGGUUGUAUGUGAAAGUCUAGGAAUUACAUGAGAAUUAUGUGUUCUCACUUUAACGUUUUUGUUUAAAACAUUUUUAUGAGUUAUCAUAUCCGGAAUGUUUAUUUUUAA